AACCCGCAGUCUAAACUGAUAAAUGGACUACGUCGUGUACUGUAGUGUUAAAAACUAUUCUCCAACGCGCGGUCCAAAUAGGCCCUCCAAUUUGCAUCGGAGGAGAGAGGCAAUCCAGAAAUGGAUUCCCCUCGCGGCCUCUCCAAACCCGCAGACGCCAACUGUUGUACGGGAAGGGAGCGCAAAAUUGUUCGAGCGGGUACACGGCGCUACGGAUUGGUUCCGCGGCGGUCGACGACGAGCACGACCAAGGCGACGACAAGCGCCACCGAAGGAAGAAUGGAUGGGAGCAGCAACAAUUUCGCUGGCAACUUGCAGGGAUCACCGGGACAGAUGGAUAACAACCAUCUUAUGUUCAACAUGCACUCUCCUAUGAAUGCUUCUGAUCAGGCCAUGCAAAUGACACCACCGCUCUCAAUGAUCCCUGCUACUUCCCACUUCCAGGUGCCCAUGCCACAAAUGACUGGCGCAUACCAGCAAGCAAUGUUCGGGGGACAAUUCCAUGGCCAUUUUCCUGCGAGCCCGCAGUUUGUGUCUCAAGGUUACUCAGGGGGCAAUGAUCAAGGACAGCAGCAGCCAUCGCAGGAAGCCAUCCCUGGAAAUGCCAAUGAAGAUGAAGUGGAGGAGGUUCCGGCUAGCCAGGUACCUCAACCUCAAGGGAAGAAGAAAGGUGCAUGUCAUCGAGGCCCGGGAUAUGAGGUCGAAGAGGAUCGUGUGCUAGUUUCCGGGUGGUUGAAUAUCUCCAAAGAUGCAGCUACGGGGACAAAUCAAGACAAAGUUGCCUUUUACAAAAGACUUCGGCAAUACUACAUUGACAAUUGUGCCACACAAAACCAACGGUCCCUCAACUCGAUUCAGCAAAGAUGGUCAACAAUCCAGACAAGGGUUAGCCGGUUUUGCUCCAUUCUCAGGCUAAUUGAGCGCUCGAACCAGAGUGGCAAGAGUUACCAGGACAUGGUGAAUGAAGCUAUUAAGGAAUUCCAGAAGACAGAACCAUGGCACUAUGGCCACUGCUGGGAAAUGCUGAAAGAUGAACCGAAGUGGAAUGAGAAGGUUCUUGAGAUUCUGCAGCAGAACAAGGGAAAGAGCAAACAAGACGCUUCGCCUACGGAUACGCCUACUGAAUCGGCUGAAGAGGUGUCAUCUCUGCCUGCCAGGCCCGAGGGAAGGGACUCGGUCAAGAAGCGUCGAGCUACAAGGUUCGGUGACACUUCCUCCUCUAGUGUCGCUGUGGACAUGUUGAAAAAAAUGAAUGAUCGGGGACAGGAGAUGGAUGAGAUAGAUGCCAAGCACAAGGCGGAGCUCAUGAGUUUGGAGCGCGCAAAGUUUGAGCUGCAGCAAAAACAGUGGCAAGCUAAGUUGGACAUGAUGUUUGAGUGCAGUAGGUUGGACAGGGAGGUUACUCGGGAGCAGAUCAAGGUCCAGAGAGAAGGCAUUGAAGCUCAAGUUAAGGUUCAGAUGCAGGCUCUAGAGGUUGAGAGGAUGAAGAACGACACCCAGAUUAUGUUCACCGAUGCAACCAAGCUGGCGUCAGGACUCCGUGAGUGGGUGCUCAAGCGCCAGAUGGAAAUUAUGAUCAGGGACGGGGUGCACUCUAAUGCCGGUGACUCUGGUAACAAUGAUUCUAGGGGCUGAACGGGGACAAUGUCAUGUAUGUUUGAAUUAUGUAUCUUGUAGGUUCUGUGAUGAAACAUUUCCUACCUUUCUUCUAAAAAAAUUAGCAUUCGUGUGCACUCUAA